AUGGCUUUCACUCUCAGGAUUCUUGUCAGAUUCAACUGCGCCCCCACCUCCUCCAAAAACGCCCCCCACCUCCAACAGCGACCUCACCUACACCACGCCCCCCCACCACUAACAGCCCCACCCACCUCCAACAGCGACCUCACCUACACCACGCCCCCCCCACCACUAACAGCCCCACCCACCUCCAACAACGCCCCCACCUCCACCAGCACCCCUACCUCCAACAGCACCCCCCACCACCUCCAACAGCACCCCUCACCUUCACCGCGCCCCCACCUCCUCCAACAGCGGCCCCCACCUCCACCAACAUCACAUUCAGCAAGCUCACAAAAGCGCUUCUCCAUUGUACAUGUCUGGGCUAAGUACAGCCUUAUCCUCCACAAAGCUAUUAGGGCCGACGCUUCCAGCCAAAAGGCACGCGAGGACGACCCCUAA